CAGAGCUGUGCGGGCGGAGGGACACGCAGGGAGACGGGGGGAGACGCGGCCGCGGCGGCGCUACCUCCACACGCACCAGCGAGACACUCCGCCGCUGCUGCUGCUGCUGCUGCUGCUGCUCACCUGCCCGACCGAGAGCCAGGACCGGGGCAGACCCGCGGACCGACCCGCGGAACCCAGCCCCGCUCCGGGGACCCGUCCCGGGUCCGGGCUGUCCCGCCUCCCGCUGCCCACGACCUGUCACCGCGGACUGGAUGAAGAUGCAGCGUCCCAGAAGUUUUCUCAAACUCCCCAGUGAGGAGCAGAGGCACAGGAAAUAGGAGGCCUUAGGAAAACAGCAGGUCCUUAUGGUUGAGGUGGUGCCAGGUGCCCUAUGCCAUGCCUCCUGCCAUGACAGACCUCCUGGACAUAUGGGCAGCCCACUCGCCCCUGGCCGGACACGCUCCGGACCAGAUCACUGUGGACUUUCUUCUGCCCACCGGUAUCUACAUUCAGAUGGAUGUUCCACGCGAGGCUACAAUUCAACAUAUCAAGCUGCUCUUAUGGAAGCAGGCUCAGAACUUCCCUCUGUUUCCCUCCCUCGGGGAAAUGGAGAGCCACAUGUUCGAGUGUGUCAACCAGGCAGCCGUACACGAAGAGCUGGAGGACGAAACCCGCCGCUUAUGCGACGUUCGCCCCUUCCUGCCGGUCCUUAGGCUGGUGACGCGCAACUGCGGACGAGCAGAGCGCCUGCUGGACUCCAAAAUAGGUGUACUCAUCGGCAAGGGUCUCCAUGAACUGGACGCCAUAAACGACCAGGAAGUUAAGGACUUCCGCAAUAAGAUGCUUCGAAUUAGUGAGGAGAAGAUGCUAAGCGUGCAACUGAUGACGUUCACCGAGUGGCUGCAGGCCUGCUUUUCCCCACAGCUGGAGUCCGUACCAGGGACGGCCAUCACAGACGGAGUCAAUGAGCUGCCAGCCGACAUGAAAGUCAAUAUCCACUUCGACCAGUCUCAGGACUCAACCAGCAUGAAGGUGCUGUUGUCUUGCACCCCCGCCGAACUUAUGGAGAUGGCUGUGGGGAAAUGGCUGACCACCCACGCCCCUGAAGAGGAGGUGUGGAAGGGCCAGUACGUUCUGAGAGUGAGUCAGUGCCUGGAGUUCCUGUGUGGAGAUCAUCCUUUGAUUCAGUACAAGUACAUCCGCACAUGCCUUCAAGCCAAGGAGUCUCCACGCCUAACCCUCGUCCACACCAGCAAGGUGAAGGCCAUGUUCGACAAGGAAAUGUCUACCAUUGGAGCCGUGGUUAGCCGCAAGUCCUCCAAUCCGCCGUUGCCGUUGCCUCCGAAGCGGAGACCGCCCACGCAAGUGCAGACAUGUGUGUGGGACGUGCCCAUCCCAUUCAAAAUAAUCCUUGUAAAAGCCAGCAAGGUGAACGCUGAGGAGACUGCCAAGGUCCAGGUGAGGGCGGGGCUCUUUCACGGGACGGAGUUGUUGUGCAAGCCGGCGGUGAGCAGCGAGAGUAGCGGACGCUCCGACCACAGCUGGAGAGACACCACGCUGGAGUUUGACAUCUCUGUCUGUGAUCUGCCGCGGAUGACCCGCCUCUGCUUCGCUAUUUACGCCAUCAUGGACAAGGCCAAAAAGCAGAAGUCCACCAAAAAUGCUCACAUAAACAAGUACCAGACCAUCCGCAAGGCAGGGAAAGUACACUACCCCAUAGCUUGGGUCAACACCAUGGUGUUCGACUACAAAGGGCAGCUGAAGACUGAAGACAUCACCCUGCACUGUUGGUCUUCCUUUCCUGAUGAACUUGAAGAGAUGCUGAACCCAAUAGGAACCGUUCAGACCAACCCCUACACUGAAAACGCUACAGCACUGCACAUCUACUUCCCAGAGUACUCCCCACACCCCAUCGUCUUUCCUCCUUUUGACAAGAUACUGGAAAAAGCUGCAGAGAUCGCCAGAGCAACUGACGGCGUACCCAUGGGCCGUGGUGGUAAGAAGUUCCACAUAGAGCUGAAAGAGAUCAUGGAGCGUGAUCCGCUCUCUCAGCUGUGUGAAAACGAGAAGGAUUUGAUCUGGACACUACGCUGUGACUGCUUGGACAAUUUCCCUCAGUCGCUACCCAAGCUGCUACUCUCAGUCAAGUGGAGCAAACACGAGGACAUGGCCCAGCUCCAGGCACUGCUUCAGAUUUGGCCCAAACUGAGUCCCAGAGACGCUCUGGAGCUUCUUGACUUCAAUUACCCCGACCAGUAUGUCAGAGAGUAUGCUGUGCGCUGCCUGUGUGAUAUGAGUGAUGAGGAACUGUCGCAGUACCUGCUGCAGUUGGUGCAGGUGUUGCGUUAUGAGCCUUACUAUGACUGCGCUCUCACCCACUUUCUGCUGGAACGUGCUCAAGCGAAUCGGAAGAUUGGACACUUCCUCUUCUGGCACCUACGGUCAGAGAUCCACAUGCCAGCAGUGUCGGUGCAGUUUGCUCUCAUCCUGGAAGCCUAUUGUCGAGGCUGCAUCCCUCAUAUUGAGGUCCUAAAGAAACAGGUUGAAGCCCUGAGUAAGCUAAAGUCAGUCAAUGAGCUAAUCAAGCUGGGAACCAUUAAGAACGCUCGGAGUAAAACCAAGGAAGCCAUGUUGACCAAGGAGGCCAUGAUGACGUGUUUAAGACAGAGCGGCUACGCGGAGACUCUGUCAGACCUGCACUCCCCUCUGAACCCCAACGUGCUGCUGUCCGACAUCAAUGUGGACAAGUGUCGGUACAUGGACUCAAAGAUGAAGCCGCUCUGGAUUGUUUACAACAACAAGCUGAUGGGCGGAGACACGCAGGGAAUCAUCUUCAAAAACGGAGACGACCUGAGGCAAGACAUGUUGACCCUUCAGAUUCUGAGGCUGAUGGAUCUUUUAUGGAAGGAGGCGAAUCUGGACCUCAGGAUUGUACCCUAUGGUUGCCUAGCAACAGGUGACAGGGCAGGGCUGAUAGAGGUAGUGUCAUCAGCAGACACGAUCGCAAACAUCCAGCUGACGAGCAGCAACGUUGCAGCAGCUGCAGCGUUCAACAAGGAUGCUUUGCUCAACUGGCUCAAAGAGAAAAACUCUGGUGAUGCUCUUGAUAAAGCCAUUGAAGAGUUCACUCUGUCGUGUGCGGGCUACUGUGUAGCAACUUACGUCCUGGGCAUCGGAGACCGCCACAGCGACAACAUCAUGGUCCGCAGCACUGGACAGCUUUUCCACAUAGAUUUUGGUCACAUCCUGGGCAACUUCAAGUCCAAGUUUGGCAUCAAGAGGGAGCGUGUCCCUUUCAUCCUCACACACGACUUCAUCCACGUUAUUCAGCAGGGCAAGACGGGAUACACUGAAAAAUUUGGCAGUUUCCGCCAGUACUGUGAGGAUGCCUAUCUGAUCCUGAGGAAGAACGGCAACCUCUUCAUCACCCUGUUUGCCCUCAUGCUGACUGCUGGAUUACCUGAGCUCACCUCAGUCAAAGACAUCCAGUACCUAAAGGACUCUCUGGCUUUGGGUAAGACGGAAGAAGAGGCCCUGAAGCAGUUCCGGCAGAAGUUCGAUGAAGCCUUGAGAGAAAGCUGGACAACCAAGGUGAACUGGAUGGCCCACAAUGUGGCAAAAGACAACCGUUCCUAGAGCCGAUCUCACAACCACGUCAAAGGCCAGGGACCAAGAGAUGAACAGGUGGAAGGGAUGAGACGUGCCAAGGAGACAGGGUGACGGAUACCCUGAUUCAAAGAAGGGAAUCUAGCUGAAAUCUGAAUCGGGAGCAUGCUCAACCCCACUCCCCGUUUGCUGGUCACAGACUAAAGCUAUGCUAUGAAACAGUUUGGUUACCCUGCAACCCUUACUUACAGGAUCCCUCCUCAUCUGGCACCUCCCUGGCACGGUGUCCCACAAACACCGCGGAGGCACGGUGGGUGAUGUCAUUGCACGCUUUGCACAGGCACAACAGCUGGUGCAGGACACAGCCAAAAGAAGGGAACUGAAGCACCCACCUCAUCCACACUAAAUCCUCCCAGAUGACCUGUCCACGCAAGUCGGAAGGAUCCCACAGGGAAGGAAAGUUGCUAAGUGGACUUGAGACUCUGAACGAGAGGGGCACGGAGUGUGCCCUCCCCCGCCGGGAGUGUUUCCGACCGGACAGAGACGGAUGGGUGUGGAAAGGCCAGAGCAGAAAAGACACAAACAUGUGACCCUCAUGUCUUAAAACAAUGCACACCAUGACUGCAGGAAGUGCACUUUUAUACUCGCUCCCAACUGUCCUAAUGUGUGCCUCAAACUGCAGGAAGAUUGUAUUGUUCGUGAGCUUUUUCUUUUCUUUUUUUUUUUUUUUUUUCUUUUCUUUUGCAGUUCAGGAAUUAGUCAUGUGAUGUUGACGUGCCAGACUACUUUACUAGUCCACACAGAUAACUUGUGAGGGAAAUGACAAUACAGAGAUGGACUCCUAAGAUGAAAAGAUGCUCUGAGCCUUCUGGUCCACCGCUUGAUUCUUAGUUUAUUUGGACCUUUGAACACUGGAAUGUUUUAGAGAGGCGUAUAUGAAUAUUUAAAAAAGCAAAAAAAAAAAAACUUUUAAUAAACUAAACACCUUUUAGUUUCUUUUUUUUUUUUAAUUGUUACUUUUAAUGUUAUGAAAUCAAAAGCAUUACUAUCACUACCCCAUGUGUUGUCUUUUAAAGGGCCUCCAACUCCAUCUAGAUGCGUUUGACUCAAUGCAAUUGAUGCUUUUAACAUAUUAAGACCAAAACAAAAAAGUUUUAUAAUUAUAUGGUUUCGUAUUGUUUUUAUUGAUCUGUUUCCAGAUUGAAUGUGCAAAUAUGUGCCACUCUGUUUAGUGUAUUUGUUUUUUAUCCAAGCAGAUGUGGGUGGAGUCUUGGUCCUAUGUGGGCUGUAUUUAUCAGUGAGGAACAUGACACGGUGAUACAACGCAACUACAACUGUUUCGACAUACGGUGCUCUACCAGCAUCUGCAUCUGUGUUUGAUUUUUGUGCAAUAUCCAAGUAUACGACCCCUUUUUAUCAUACAAAACCUUGGGCCCGGGCCUAAGCCUAUAAUCGUUUUGUCUGCUGGUUUAAUUGUGAUGCAGCUGUAUUUUGCACCAGUAGCCUUCAGAAGUCUCAGACACUGGGAAUUGUCAAAUGUACAGGCUUUUAUUGUUUUGCUGGCUUUUGUUUUAAUAGGAGUUUUAUUAAAGUUAUUUUCCACUGUG